UGUGGCGCGAGCGCGUCACGCAGUCUAAUCCGGCGAGUCGCGGGGCUGGCGUGAGCCGCUGCUAGCAGGUUACUCGUACAAGGCUUACGGUCGGGAUUGCAAGCCAAUCAUUUUUUGUUUGUUUGUUUUGGGGUUGUGUUUUUUGGAUAAACCAUUUUUUAAACUUGUUUUAAAACGCCACGUUGGGACAGCAGCGUCCGCAUCGUAGGGUAUUUUAGUGAAGAUGAGGAGCAGGUGUUGUUAAGAAUCAUUAACCUGAACAGAACUAAGAGAAAGAAAACCAGCGUCCCCUUCCCUGACCUCCUGUUCCUCACCCUCUCUGAAACCUAACAUCUUUCACCAUGAAUGAAAUCAGUAUAGUCAGAGAGGGCUGGCUCCACAAAAGAGGUGAGUACAUAAAGACAUGGAGGCCCAGAUACUUCAUCUUGAAGAGUGAUGGUUCCUUCAUCGGGUACAAGGAAAAGCCUGAUCUAACUGACCAGAGCUUACCCCCACUCAACAACUUCUCAGUGGCAGAGUGCCAGUUAAUGAAGACUGAAAGACCUCGGCCCAACACGUUUGUUAUCCGAUGCCUACAGUGGACAACUGUUAUUGAGCGGACCUUUCAUGUGGACAGUAAUGAGGAGCGAGAGGAGUGGAUGCGAGCAAUCCAAACUGUGGCCAAUGGCCUGAAGAUGCGUGAACAGGAGGAGGAGGAGCCCAUGGAUGUGUUUGGCUCGCCCAGUGAGUGCAGCCUAGAGGAGAUGGAGGUGGCUAUGUCCAAGAGCCGUACCAAAGUGACCAUGAGUGACUUUGAGUACCUGAAGCUUCUUGGCAAAGGAACGUUUGGGAAGGUGAUCCUUGUUAAAGAGAAGUCCACUGGUGUGCACUAUGCCAUGAAGAUCCUGCGCAAAGAAGUCAUCAUCGCAAAGGAUGAGGUGGCCCACACGGUUACAGAAAGUAGAGUGUUACAAAACACACGACACCCCUUUCUCACGACACUGAAAUAUGCUUUUCAAACCCACGAUCGGUUGUGCUUUGUCAUGGAAUAUGCCAAUGGAGGAGAGCUCUUCUUCCACCUGUCCAGGGAGCGAGUGUUCACAGAGGACAGAGCGCGAUUCUAUGGUGCUGAGAUCGUGUCCGCACUGGAGUACCUCCAUUCACGUGAUGUAGUUUAUCGAGAUCUAAAGCUGGAGAAUCUGAUGCUAGACAAGGACGGCCAUAUCAAAAUCACUGAUUUUGGCCUUUGUAAGGAGGGUAUCACUCCUGAUGCCACAAUGAAGACAUUCUGUGGAACCCCUGAGUACCUGGCACCUGAGGUCUUAGAGGACAAUGACUACGGGCGAGCAGUGGACUGGUGGGGCCUGGGUGUGGUCAUGUAUGAAAUGAUGUGCGGCCGGCUGCCCUUCUACAACCAAGAUCACGAGCGCCUUUUUGAGCUCAUUCUCAUGGAGGAAAUCCGCUUCCCCCGAAACCUGGCCCCCGAGGCCAAGUCAUUGCUGGCUGGUCUGCUCAAGAAGGACCCCAAGCAGAGGUUAGGGGGAGGUCCUAAUGAUGCCAAAGAAGUAAUGAGCCACAAAUUCUUUGUCUCCAUCAACUGGCAGGAUGUGGUACAAAAGAAGCUUACACCGCUGUUCAAACCCCAAGUGACAUCAGAGACUGAUACCCGCUACUUUGAUGACGAGUUCACAGCACAGACUAUCACACUCACACCACCAGACAAGUAUGACAGUCUGGAUUGUGAGGACUCCAACCAGCAAGCACAUUUCCCCCAGUUCUCCUAUUCUGCUAGUAUAAGAGAGUGAUACUGAUCCAAAACACACACACACACACACACACACACACACACACACACACACACACACACACACACACACACACACACACACACGAAGCAUGAACACAGACAGGUCCCAUGGCCACACCUAAAUAUCUAUCAGUGACCAGAGUCUCCAAACACCAUGAUGGAAUUUUGGUCCUGGCAAGAUCUAAGUGCCUAGACUGGCGACCAUAUUCUAUAUAAUCCCCUUGUCCACACUACGGACAGAGUCUGGCCACAUUGGCUUUACUGUAUCACCCUGGACUUCAGUACCUCUAGUUGUCAUCAGUACCAAUCAAAAACACAGUCAGGACUCCCAUCUAGCACCUUUGGAUGGCCUAUACAUAACUGCUGCUGCUUCUUUGGGCUGUAAAACCACCGUUCACUUCUGUUGCUGUUUCUCUUCCUUCUUCUUAUGGUCUUAUACAGUCAGAAGCCAUACCGUUUCUUAGGUUUUUGUUUUCCAAGUGCUCUUCUCUGGAACCAGCUGUUACCAGUGGUGACAGACUGAUUCUUAAAUGAGGGAAGAAGAAGUGUUGCAAUUUAUAGGCCAUUUUUCUGCCAGGUGUGUUUUUUGACAAAAUGGGCAUAGAAUCCAAACUGAAUGUCAUGGUUUGCUCGGAGAGCGUGCGUGAGGUGGUGGUCGUGCAUGUAUUUACAUGAUGCUUGCCCGGUAUGCAUCAGGAACAACAGGUGAACCGCUAACGUUGCAAAACUCCGUGUCUCCGCCAUGUAAUGUCAUUACGAAGCAAAAGGUGAGGUGUGGGAGACAGGGUGUCUUUUUAAACUGUAUGCAAUGACAUUUUAACUUGUAUUAUUAGUUUGUUCUCGUCUCGGAAUGUGAUCUCUGUUAAUAGGUCUGUGUCAAGUGCUACACAGCAAUGGGUGGGUGGGCUUUGGGAAUAGCUGAAUGCACAAGGUGUAUAUGUUGUUUUUUUUAAACAAGGUUUUUAAUUUUAACACGUUUGAUCUUUGAUCAGUGAACGACACACCAGCCAUGUGAUUUAUUAAGACUUUCAAUAAGCAGACCUCAAGUUCCUCAAAUGGACCAUGAUCAUAUUGCUGCUCCCUUGUUUGGUUACUUUGAUCACACCCAUAAAUAGGUCCACGUUGCUGGGGUUCACACCCACAGAAAGGGUCCAUUCGCCAGAUGUACUCACUAAUUGGAAUUGCAGCAUCAGAGCUUACUCAGGCAUAUGUCUUUUAAAUUCUCUACACUUUAAGAAUGCCUGUCUGUUGAGUACCGUCCUUUGAAUGAGCCGGGCUGUCUCCGGUCAAGAAGAGGCACGCGAUCAUAAUAUCCACAUGCUUUACAAUCCUGAAUGAUUGCAUUAAGCCACUUGCUUCUGCACAAAAUGAAAAGAACUGAUGUUGUGGCUCAUCUUUUGAAUUAACAGCCAGAGGCCCAAUGAGUGAAAGUGCGUGACUGACAGUUUUCAAAUUUUCAUGUCCCCCAUUGUCUGGUUUUUUUAAUCCAUCAUAUCGCUUCAGUGUCCAGGCUGAUCCUCGGUGUCUUUUGAGAGACGUUGGAUUUCUGUGGAUGUGUUGUUGCUGUGCAGUGUGCAUGAGAGGACUCUGGCAGACUGAAUAAUGUCCAGGAGGCUGACAUGCUUUAUGAACAUGGUCCAUUGUAAGAUUUGCGUUUCAGUGCAAUUGUUAUGACUUGCAAAGAUGUCUUUAUUUUCAAUUCUCUUGCCUUGUCCAAUUCUCAAAAGUAGCCGCACAAGUGGAACAGGGAGCACCGUUUCGUGGCCGUGCCAGGCGUGAGGAAUGAACGUGUGCCCGCCAUUGUAUUUGGUGCCACGCUGCUGAGUCACUGCUGAUGAAUAAAGGGCAGGAGCAGGUGACGACGUUUAAUUCCCUUCGUUUAUAGAACCUUCUUCCCCUAUGUGCUGUUCUGAACGGAUUUGCUCCAGUUCUGUCUUUCAACUUGCUGUCUCCCCCGUCCCUCCUGUAUCUUAAACUUUAAAGACAUACUCUCCAAUUAAGGAAAUUGAUGACGGUUUGAAAGAAGUGUAUGUUUAUGAAUUACAUUAUCCUACUCAAGCAAUCCAUUUCUAUUUGUCUAUGAAUGUAAUUCCAAAAGACAAUGAUUGAAUACACAUUUUUAUCUGUCUUA